AUGGGAAAGAAGGAUCCCGAGGCCGAGGCAAUGGCCAACCACGUUUCUGGCCAGUCUAACAAGCCACUGUCGCGUCCGGCACAUGCCCUGUCUACUGAAGAAGUAAUCCGGGAGCUCAGAGCCAACCCUGAUGAUGGUCUGACCCCAGAAGAGGCCAAUACUCGUCUUGACGAGUAUGGCCGCAACGAAUUUGGCGCCGACAAAGGCGUCCAACCCAUCAAAAUUCUCAUCGGACAAAUUGCCAAUGCCAUGACCUUGGUCCUCAUCUUGGCCAUGGGUGCUUCUUUUGGAAUCAAAUCCUGGAUCGAAGGUGCCGUCGUAGCAGGCGUCAUCACACUAAACAUCGUCGUCGGCUUUCACCAAGAGUUCAAGGCCGCAAAGACCAUGGAUUCCCUCCGUUCUCUCAGCUCACCAACGGCCCAGGCUGUCCGCGAGGGCAGAAACGUCACAGUCCCUACCGUCGAGAUUGUUCCUGGCGAUAUGGUUGAGCUCAAGACUGGUGAUACAAUCCCUGCCGAUGUGCGCAUUGUUGAAGCCGUCAACUUCGAGACCAAUGAGGCCCUUUUGACGGGAGAGUCUCUUCCCAUCCGCAAGGAGGCUGCGCAGACAUUCGAGGACGACACCGGCCCCGGUGACCGUCUCAACGUCGCUUACAGCUCCUCAACAGUCACAAAGGGGCGCGCCCGCGGCAUCGUUUUCGCUACUGGAAUGUACACCGAAAUUGGCCAGAUCGCCGCCGCCCUCAGAGGCAAGAACUCUCGCCGCCGCGACGUCAAGCGCAAGGAAGACGGCUCCGCUUCCUUGGCCCGCUAUGUCCAAGCAUGGACACUUACCCUCUCCGACGCUGUUGGACGCUUCCUUGGAGUGAAUGUAGGAACGCCUCUCCAGAGAAAGUUGUCCAAGCUCGCGAUCCUGCUUUUCGGCACCGCUGUCGUCUGCGCCCUGAUCGUUUUGGGUGCUAACGACUUCAACACGACGCAAGAAGUUGUUAUCUACGCUGUUGCUACUGGUCUCGCCAUGAUCCCUGCAUCCUUGGUCGUCGUUUUGACUAUCACAAUGGCUGCUGGUACCAAGAGAAUGGUCCAGCGCCAUGUCAUUGUCCGCCAGCUAAAGAGUUUGGAGGCUCUUGGGGGCGUCACGAACAUUUGCUCCGAUAAGACCGGAACUCUGACCCAAGGAAAGAUGGUUGUUCGCAAGGCCUGGAUCCCCGGAAAAGGAACCUUCUCUGUCAGCAAUACUAAGGAGCCCUUCAACCCUACCGUUGGCGACCUCGGUCUUCAGCCGGCACAGCCCAAGGACAUCGACUUCCAAGGCCAGGACGGCGAGGGCGAGCAGAUCUCUGGCCCCGAAGAGAUGGUCCUCCAAAGCAGAGUCCUCAUUGACUACUUCAACAUCGCCUCGCUCGCCAACCUGGCCAAUGUCCACAAGACUGCUGAGGGCGAGUGGCAUGCCCGUGGCGACCCGACCGAAAUUGCUAUUCAAGUUUUCGCCUCCCGCUUCAACUGGAACCGCCUCCGUUUCUCCGGCGAAAACAGCCGAUGGCGCCAAAUCGCUGAGUUCCCCUUUGACUCCGACGUCAAGAAGAUGUCCGUUAUCUUCGAGGACACCGAGGCUGGCAGUGAUGGGAAGGAAAGCAAGACCUGGCUCUUCACUAAGGGUGCUGUUGAGCGCGUCAUCUCUUCGUGCCCUAAGAUUCAAAUGGGCGACGAUGUUGUCGAUCUCACCAAGGACAUUGAGAACGAUAUCUUGAGGAACAUGGAGGCGCUUGCUCGCCUUGGUCUUCGUGUCCUUGCCUUUGCUAGCAAGUCUGACAUUGGUACCGUUGACAACCAUGAAAACUUGGACCGCGCAAACUUUGAGAAGGAGCUUACCUUCCGCGGCCUCAUCGGUCUUUAUGAUCCUCCUCGCCCCGAGUCUGCGCCUUCCGUCAAGCAAUUUCACCAGGCUGGUGUCAGCGUCCAUAUGUUGACUGGCGAUCACCCCGAAACCGCCCGUGCCAUCGCUCUGGAGGUCGGAAUCCUUCCUACUCGCAUGAACGAGAUCUCUUCUGAUGUCGCAAGAACUAUGGUUAUGGCCGCUAGCGACUUUGACAAGCUCUCUGAUGAUGAGAUUGACAAACUGCCCCGUCUUCCUCUUGUUGUCGCACGCUGUGCGCCCCAGACCAAGGUGCGCAUGAUUGAGGCUCUCCACCGACGUAGGCGCUUCGUGGCCAUGACCGGUGACGGCGUCAAUGAUUCUCCUAGUCUGAAGCGCGCCGAUGUCGGUAUUGCGAUGGGCGAGAGCGGCUCUGAUGUUGCCAAGGAGGCAUCCGAUAUUAUUCUCACGGACGAUAACUUUGCCUCUAUUCUUAACGCUGUCGAGGAAGGUCGGCGUAUGUUCGAUAACAUCCAGAAAUUCGUUUUGCACGUGUUGGCCUGUAACGUCGCCCAGGCUUGCACUCUGCUCAUUGGUCUAGCCUUCAAAGACGAGAGUGGCCUGUCCGUGUUCCCCCUGGCUCCUGUGGAGGUCAUGUGGAUUAUCAUGAUCACUUCCGGUCUUCCUGAUAUGGCGCUCGGUUUUGAAGUCGCUGCACCUGAUAUCAUGGACCGACCGCCGCAAGACAUGAAGAUUGGCGUCUUUACCUGGGAGCUCAUGCUCGACAUGCUCGUCUACGGUCUCUGGACCGCCGCCCUUUGCCUUGCGUCCUUCUUGCUCGUCAUGUUCGGCUGGGGCAACGGUGACUUUGGCGUGAACUGCAACAACGAUUAUUCCGACCGCUGCGAUACCGUGUACCGCGCCCGCGCUACCUGUUUCGCCGCACUCACCUGGUUUGCGCUCUUCCUCGCCUGGGAAAUGGUCAACAUGCGACGCUCCUUCUUCCGCAUGCAGCCCAAGAGCAAGAAGUACUUUACGCAAUGGUUCUGGGACACCUGGCGCAACAAGCUUCUGUUUUUCGCCAUUAUCAUCGGCUUCGUGACCAUCUUCCCGCUCACCUACAUUCCCGUCCUCAACACCAAGGUGUUCAAGCAUGCUCCCAUCACCUGGGAGUGGGGCAUCGUUUUCGUGUGCGCCGUUUUGUUCUUUGCCGGUAUCGAGGCCUGGAAGUGGGCCAAGCGCAUCUACUUCCGUCGCCAGUCGCACAAGCAGCAUGGCGCCAACCCGGAUCUCGAGAGUCGUGUCUUCGGUCACUACUACACUAUUGGUGGCGUCGAGCUCGAGUCUUCGCCGACUCUGGGCAGCAGGACCAUGACCAACGAGAAGGAGAUGCGGGAGAAGGGUGGCAAUGGGUACUCGAGCGCGGGUAGCCGGUGA